AUGGAAGUGCUCCUUCCAAUAGUCUCGCUCUCGCGCGAUAUUGGCGUUGAGAUCUCGAAGCUCGCGCAGCUCGUUCUGGAGCCGAUCAUUCUCGGCGAUCUGUUCAUUGAGCGCAUUCCUGUGUGCUUGUUCGACUUGCUCGACUUGCUCGGUCAGCUCUUGCACCUUUGCAGCUUUACGAGCUCGGAAAGCGCGCUGCGAUUCGCGAUUCUGUGCCUUCCGUUUCGAGGCAGGCUCAUCGGUGGCGGGCUUGCGCCCUGGCUUUGGUCGAGGUGGAAUGGUGUAGAGCUUGCCAGUAGGCCCCCCGCCACCUACCGAGGGGCCACUUUCAUACUGAGGCGAUGA